CCCACUGCUCCUGUUGCCCUGCCCGUGAGCCUCUUUGUUGUUACCCCACCCAUCACAUAGCUGUAGCUCAAACCACAUCCAAACAAACCAGAAAGGUCAUCAGCUCAAGCAGAGAAGUUUGAGCACGGCAUGUUUUAAUGGUGCUUAAUAAAUCAGUGUGUGGGGGGGUGCUCCUCGCCACGUUCACUUCUGACUUCCAAAGCAAAAAGAAAGCUCCCCCACACCUAACACCACCCUGUCCUGCUUCAGCACAGGACAGAGCUGCCAAGCACCACACGGCGGCAACUCAGCCGAUCGAUGUGCAUGCCGAGCACUUCGUUUCAAGGUCACUCCAACACCAACUUCAGUCAGAAGAAAAACAACCCGCAUCCAGAGCGUUCCCUUGGCGCUUCAUUCGCAGCAUCCAAGGAGAGCAUCGAUCUCCUACCACCAACCCAAACGCCUGCCGACCACCUCUCGAAGCACAGCCGAAAAAAAAAAAAAGCCCCAAGAAAAACAAAAGCUGAAGAAGCAGACAAGGGCUCUAGGAAAAAGUUUUGGAUGGGAUUAUGUGGAAACUACCCUGCAAUUCUCCGCUGCCAGAGCAGGCUCAGUGCUGCCUGCUCCCCUGGCGGCGCUGAGAAACGCCCGGGCCUCGGUGCCGCUCCGCCAGCGCCUGCUCCGCCGCAGCCCCUCGCCCCGCCGGCCCAAUGCUCCUCCUCGGGCUGCUCCUGCUGACAUCCGCCCUGGCCGGACGGAGGCACGGGGCCGUCGCGGAGUCCGACCUCGGCAGCAAGUUCGCCUUCCCCGGCGCUAAGGAACAGAACGGAGUGCAGGAUCCUCAGCAUGAGAAGAUAAUAACUGUGACUUCUAAUGGAAGUAUUCACAGCCCCAAGUUUCCACACACAUACCCACGCAAUACUGUACUAGUGUGGAGAUUAGUAGCAGUAGAUGAAAAUGUAUGGAUACAGCUUACUUUUGAUGAAAGAUUUGGGCUUGAGGACCCAGAAGAUGACAUUUGCAAGUAUGACUUUGUAGAAGUUGAAGAACCUAGUGAUGGCACUGUUUUAGGGCGCUGGUGCGGUUCCAGUAGUGUGCCAAGCAGACAAAUCUCCAAAGGAAACCAGAUCAGAAUAAGAUUUGUGUCUGAUGAAUAUUUUCCUUCUCAACCUGGAUUCUGCAUCCAUUAUACCCUUCUUGUGCCACACCACACAGAAGCACCUAGCCCACCAUCGCUGCCCCCAUCAGCUUUGCCAUUAGAUGUAUUAAACAAUGCUGUUGCUGGAUUCAGUACUGUGGAAGAACUUAUCCGGUACCUUGAACCAGAUCGGUGGCAGCUGGAUUUGGAAGACUUGUACAGGCCAACGUGGCAACUUCUUGGGAAGGCAUAUAUUCAUGGGAGAAAAUCAAGAGUGGUUGAUCUAAACUUGCUAAAGGAAGAAGUGCGGCUGUACAGUUGCACCCCUCGCAACUUCUCAGUGUCACUGAGGGAGGAGCUGAAGCGAACUGACACCAUUUUCUGGCCACUGUGUCUUCUGGUUAAGCGUUGUGGUGGAAACUGUGCCUGUUGUCAUCAGAACUGCAAUGAGUGCCAAUGUAUACCAACAAAAGUCACCAAAAAAUACCACGAGGUUCUUCAGCUGAAGCCAAGGAGUGGUGUCCGGGGACUGCAUAAAUCGCUGACAGAUGUACCCUUGGAACACCACGAGGAGUGUGACUGUGUAUGCAAAGGGAAUACUGAAGGAUAAACAUGAUUUAAUUGUGCUGUUUUCUUUGAAGCACGUUCAAUCCUUGCUGAUUCUAUUAUGGGGCUUGUGCAUUAUCUCCUUCUGUAAUCUCAGUUGUUUGCUUUGGGGAACUUCCAUCUUCAAGAUUUACAGUGAGCUCUAAAAAGAGGAGAAGCAAAACUGGGAUUAUGUGAUGUAUGACAGCUCUGUUUGGAGGCCCAGUGAAAGGAUGGGAGAAAGGCAUCAAUGAGAGAUUUAAAAUACAUGUGUUUUUUUUUUGUCCCCUACAGUUUUCUUGACAAUACAUGGAUUUAUAAUUUAGGAGUAAAAAUAAAGUUAGAAGGCUCACAUCAUGGAGACUGGAUCCUGCUGGCUGUUUCAUUUCUACAGCUCCAGAACAUCUGGCCUCUGGCUGAAAACAUCUGAAAUCUUCCUUUCUGUGUUCAACUACUCCUAUGUACUCAAAGCAUUCUCUGUUUUAUCAAUUUGGUUUAUACCAGACUGCCUUGCUCUGAAUUAAACUUAAUUUGUCUAACGCUGGUAGGAAAGACUGGAUUUUUCCAUGUGCUCUAGUAAAGCUCCUGCCUUUUAGAAAGAAGACUGGACAGUAACGUGAGCUAAGGAAGAAAAUGUUGAAAAGAACAAUGCCUUUAUUCUUAAUACUAUGGCCGAUGAUUUUUUGUUUGUUUGUUAUUUUUAUUGUGUACAUUUUUAUACUCUCCUUUUGACAAUAUAACUAUUUGCUUUUCUAAACUUGUUAAAUAUAUCUAUUUUUACCAAAGGUAUUUAAUAUUCUUUUUUAUUACAAUCUAGAUCAACUAUUUUUUAGUUUUAUGAAACUUUAAAGACGGAUUUGUACAGCUGGAGGAACAUAGAAGAGAUUACAAUGGGAUAGGAGCACUAUAUUUUUACUUUGUUGCUACACAGUGAAAAAGUACUUUUUUUUUUUUUUA